AAAGUCCCAAAGUCCCCGCACCAAAUCAAACUGCUACUUCGUGACUUCCACCUCAAUUUACGCGGCGUUCAUAAAUUUUGUUCAUCGUUCUCUCUAUUUUCAACUCUUUACAAUUUAUUGUCAAAAAAUAUCUUUCAAAUUUCUCUUGAAAACUCAACAAAAAUGGCGAACAACCCAGUAGAAGAAUCAAUCCCGCUGAUAGGAACCACCAACACUAACGAAAACCAAUCGAACCUAGAAUCAGAAUCAAGCCCUUUGUUGCGAACCACCGACACCAACAAAAACCAAUCAAACCCAAAUGCUACAAUCGAUGAUUCAAAGCUUCCUCCAUCUCCGCCGCCGAAACAACCGCCUGUUCCGAAGGUAUCUCAGCCUCAGGUGGCCGAAACCUACGGUUGGUCUGCUGAUGGCUUUCCUAUGGAUGUGGUUGGUCAACCUAUGAUGAGCCGAACUCCCUGGAAUUCUGGCCUUUGUUCUUGUCUUGGUCGCAAUGAUGAGUUUUUUAGCAGCGAUCUUGAAGUUUGUCUUCUUGGAAGUAUGGCACCGUGUGUUCUCUAUGGAAGCAAUGUCGAGAGGCUGGGGUCAACCACGGGGAGUUUUUCUAAUCAUUGCUUGUCUUAUGCUGCUCUGUACCUGAUCGGAAAUUCCUUAUUUGGGUGGAACUCUUUGGCUCCUUGUCUUUCAUAUACAAGCCGUACUGCUGUUCGUCGUACUUUCAAUCUUGAGGGAAAUUGUGAGGCUCUAACACGAAACUAUGGGUGUUGUGGAAGCAUUUUUGAUGAUGAGAUGCAACGGGAACAGUUGGAAACCGCUUGUGACUUUGCCACCCAUGCCUUGUGUCAUCCAUGCUCACUCUGCCAGGAAGGUCGGGAGAUUCGUCGAAGGCUGCCACACCCUGCUUUGAAUGCUCAGGCAGUGCUGGUUAUGGUUCCUCCUGGGGGACAGGCUAUGGGUCGUGAUCAACCAUGAAAGCACUCUCAUAUUGUGCCCUGAAUAUCUUUAGUGAUAUGUCUAUACUUGAUCGAUUAUGUUUAAUAGACCUGCAGUAAGCAGCUGUGCAGUAUUACUUUUGUGUGUUGAUGUUAGAAACAUGAAAAUGGAAGAAGUGUGAAUUAUGUCGACUUUACUAUCAAUCUGCAAUACACACAUUCUUCCUUUUUAGGGAAGUGAUGCAUUAUCUGGAUUUAAUGAUAAGGUUGCGUUUUUGCAGCUCCUA